AUGUCUUCUCAAGACACCAAAGCUAAGCCAGAUAACCAGACCAACCUGGACAUGGAAGUGGAUGCCCUUGUUUGCCAGUAUCAAGGCAUCAAGACACCUAGCACAAUCAUUCACUUGUCAAAGACACCUGGCUACAGAGAGCUCUUUAACCAUGUGUUCGAACAUCACAUCUGCCUGAUCGGAUCGCGCUCUCAGGACCUCGAGGAUGCCCGUAUCACGGUAUACGACAAGGCACUGCUGAUUCUCACCAAUAACGGCAGCAGCCUAUCUCACUUUGGGGCUAUUGAGCUGUUCAAGGACGAGGUUUUGGGUAUCAGGAAAGAGAGUGAUAUGGGGAAGCUGGACGCGUUGUUUAGCAAGAAUAUUGCUUUACGCGCUAUCCUUGGCCAUGUGACUGGGUGGAGGAAGGAUGCUCGGUUUGAGAUCAUGGCCUCGGGUGCGGAGAGCAAAGAGACUGCUCAGCAGAAAGCCGCAUCUGAUCCCUUGACACCCCCGUCUGGUGCUUCGAGGAGAGAACUAGACGACCGGCUUACGAGCAUGUUGAAAACGUUCGCCACGGCUCAGUUCGAGCACAACUCCCUUUCCGGGAUCAAGAACCAUGCAAAGUACAGAGCUGCUCUCUUUCUGAGUGACAGCGCGGAGAAUUUGCUUGGACACCUCCGUGAUCAUGAUCCAACGCACUACAUGGUUCCCGUCCUGAAACAAACAUUCGACAUGGCUCAACGCGAGAUCGUGGAGAUGGAUGGAGCGAAAAAGCGGUCAUUUGAUAUGUAUGACAAGGAGCCUCUAGACCGCCCACACAGCCGUCGUCGGCCUUCGACUCCUGCAGCCAAAGGAUCAGGUUCACGCCGUCGUCGACGUGGACAGGCGGAUUGCUACAGGCCAUAA